AUGAAACCGUUUGUGAAGUCCAGCGAUUGCGUUGACACCGCCGAUGACGCCAAAGAGUGGGAGUACAUGUGUCCCCAGUUUUGCGAUCUCACAGCUGUUGAGACCAUGGAUCAGUUGAAACAAAUGGACCACUUCUUUGAGUUGGAUCACGAGAUGAGUCCACAGAUGGGCGGCCAACACAACAAAACACUAAUCAAUGAAUUUAAGGAACCGUUGGUCGAAGACAAAGAUAAAGAGAUCUUCAGAUACGAGACGCCGCCGCAGAAUAAGGAGAACCUCGAGGACGACGAGGAGCUCUUCUAUUCGACCAAAAAGUACUUAAGCGUCGAGAAGCGGAUCUCCUAUAAGUUACGGUCCACUCCUAUGCGUACUCUUCAGUACAACGGCGCCACUCCUCUCAGGGAAAGCCGGAUCUCAUCUAAGAAGAGGUACACGAAGUCUAAGACUCCUAAAGACGAAGACAUCUUUAAAAUGGAUGAAUUGGCGGAAUCGCUUCCCACUGAGACAGCGGUUGUGGUGAGCCAUGAGUCCUAUGAGUGCCAAUUGCCGGCCCAACAGCUCCAGAGUGAGGUCACCCCUGACGCUGAAGAUGACGCUCAAUACGAAGACUACGUUGAGAUCCAAAGCGAAGACCACAAUGAGGUGGACAGCGAAGUGCAAAAUGAGGUGCAAAUCGAGGUUCACGUCGAGAGCCCCACCGAUGACCCAAUCGAUGACCAUAACAGUGAGGAUGCGAUAGAAAACGAAGUCUUCGACAGCAAUGAGAAGGAGUUGACGGAAGCGGCGCCUAAUGUGACGCUAACGGGACGGGAGUCGUAUGUGAUUGAGAAGAAGGCGCCGACGCGACAGAAGUCGGUCACUCUUGUCAGUCCCGACGAGUCCGCCAGAAACCCGCCGCCGAAGUCCAGCAAACGGAAGGGAACUCCACUCCGCAAAUCAAUACUGAGUUCACACCGAAAGGGAACUCCGAUUCACAAAUCGAUUCUGAGUUCGCGCUCAAUGGUGUCGAGACCGCGGACUUCAGAAGUGGUUUCACGUCUUUACUCGACCGCUAAGAAGAAGGCGACCAAUACUUACAAAACGAUGGCUGAGCUCUUGAAAGAGUUUGAGACGAAACCCCGCAGUUGUGAUCACAGGUCCCACUCGACGGAGCGCAAGGCGGUCGCCCCCGCAGGCACUGGUAUGGGCUCGCGAUCCUCAUCCACGUCGUCGCUGACGCGCCCGAAGUCACCGAAACUGCACUCAAUGCUCAGACAUCGCCGUACGCCGCGUCCAACCGAAGACAUAAUCGCAUCGGAAAUCAAAAAGUAUUCGUUUAAAGCGAAUCCCAUUCGCAAGAAGUUAUUCGACGCGAAGUUCGCUUCCGGUAUACCACGAGUCAAGUCCAUCAAAGAGCCGACAAAAGCGGUUGAAAUGCAUUUUCAGACCGAAGUCCGCAAUCAAAUGCGAGCCGUGAAGACCACUGACGACAAGUCCGCAAAGCAGCCCAAAGCCCUCCCAUUUAAGGCUCACCCGAUGCCAGAGUUUAAGACAUUUAAGGCUCAGCCGAAGUCCGAGCGAAAGCCGACUACUUUUAAACCAUUCAGUUUUGAUCAUCAGAUCCAGAAUUUGGUUCACAAAAAGCGCACCCUUUCUGAAGAUCUGAAUUACAUGAAACCGUCGGUCGUUGGAAAGCCAUUCAAAUUCUGA